AUGGUGUCCACGAGACACCACCCCAGACCCUUCCCCGAGCCAGCGACACCCAGUGCAGCAAUCCGAUCCAAUGCCUCUGACUCACCCUCCAAGUCUCCCUCGCCUCUCCAUUCGGAUGACUCAAUCACCGUUUCGUCUUCGGCUUCUCGAAAGCGCCGAUCGAAUCGAUCCUCCAAUGCAAAGUUGUCAACCUCAUCGACCCACCUCUACUCGCAUACGGUACCACCCCUGCUGUUGAUGUGGCUGUUCGUCUCCCUUCCCCUAGUGGUAUGGGAUACGGGGUACAUCGCACUUCGUCCACACUCGAUGCCCGGGGGAAAAUUCCACACUCCCGUUUGGUCGCUCUAUGCUCUAUAUGGUACGGUGGACUAUGUAUAUGGCUGGCCGGCGUGGGACGGCCAUGUGGGCUUCACAGCGGCACAGGCUUCGUUGAAUGUCGUUGAGACAGUCAUGUACGUCUACUACCUGAGUACAGUAUUGAGCAACAGUACAGAAGGCCUCCUGAAUUGUCGUACCCUAUGGGGAUUUUUCCUGGGUGAAACGGACAAGUCAGUAAGCGGGCCCGGUGUGGCUACGGCUGUCGUCGUCCUGUUCUCUGCCGCCGUGAUGACUCUAAGCAAGACGGUCCUGUACUGGCUCAACGAAUACUUCUCGAAUUUUGCCAACAUUGGCCACAACUCUAUGAAUAACCUUGUUUUCUUGUGGAUCAUUCCCAACGGUCUCUGGCUGAUUUUCCCGGCCUACAUGAUAUAUAUGCUCGGAAAAGAGAUGGUGGCUGGGAUGGAGGGCACUCGUGCAAAAAAGGAAGAGUGA